AUGGACGUCGACGGCGCAGAUGGGCGCAUUACGAAGAGGCAGAAGCUGAGCAACGGUCUGGCCAAACAACAGCACACUCCUGGCACUUCUCGACUGUUUGCGCCGUACCGAACUGUGGGCUUGGUGUCUCCAACCGCAGUCCCAUUCACGAGUGUGCCCUUGGGGAACUCGACAUUCCAGAUCACCACCUCCAUCGGACGAAGCCUUCAGACGUACGACCUGCGACGAGGCCUGAACCUGGUCUUCAUCACCAGGCCUCAGACUCCAGAGAACAUCACCGCGACAGCAGCAUGGAAGGACAAGAUCUUCGCCGCGUGGGGAGGAGAUGAAACAGCGUCGGAGAGAGGUGUUUGGCUCUUCAAGAGAGGGAAGAAAGAGGCGGAGUUGGAGUUUCCAGCAGACUGUGAAGAGAAUGUGAAGGCUUUCUGCAUAUUUGGCUGCUGGGUGGUAGGCGUUUGCGACACGCAGCUACUGGUCUGGAAGAGCACAAAUCUCGAGCUUUAUACCUCUCUUCGAGGCAUCUCGCCAGUUCCGUUUGCCGACUGCAUCUCCACCCUGCCAACAUUCUUGAACAAGAUCUUGGUAGGUAGACAGGAUGGCAGCGCUGAGAUCUGGAACGUCUCAAGCGGGAAGUUGGUGUACACUAUUCUUCCUCCAUCGACAGCAUACGGUUCAGUCACUUGCAUCGAGCCCACCCCGGCGCUAUCCCUGGUAGCUAUCGCUUAUGAGAAGGGACCGCUACUUAUUCACGAUGUUCGAGCCGAUCAGACCAUUAUGCAUCUCAACAAUACUGCGGGUGUUGCUGUUACUUCUAUUUCUUUCCGGACCGACGGCCUGGGUGCGGGCGAAGACGGCAAGAAAGCAGGAGUCAUGAUUACUUCAUCAACAGCUACGGGAGACAUCACACUUUGGGACCUGAACGAUGGUGGACGGAAAUCCGGAGUGCUUAGAGCUGCUCAUGCUCAUCCUUCCCCAAAGGCAGCUGGUGGUACCAGCAAAGUGGAGUUUCUUCCCGGACAAGCGAUCAUCGUGAGCAGUGGCUUGGACAACAGCCUGAGGACGUGGAUCGUUGACGAGACGCCGUUCAGCCCAAUCCCUCGGCCUCUUCACGCUAGAGCGGGUCAUGGAGCGCCCGUCAAUAAACUGCUCUUCCUCCCUACAGCUUCUGACGGCUCAGAAGACGACGGCAAGUGGCUCAUGUCUGGCAGCAAUGACAGAAGUCUGUGGGGUUGGUCCCUCCGCAGAGACGGGCAAUCCACUGAGCUGAGCCAAGGUGCUGUGCAGAAGAAGGCGAAGAAGCAAGGCCUACUGUCGGGUGACCGCGAUGCAUUUGAUGAACUCAAAUGCCCUCCAAUCACCAGCAUCGCCUGCAGCCUGAACCGCGAUGGUGGCAUUGGAGCACUACCAGGCAAACACCCCAUAUGGCAGCCAGCUGGCAAGGGCAAACAGACGAGUGCCGAAGUCAGUGCAAUGACUGGUUGGGAGAGCGUCUUGACAGCGCACGAGAAUGAUAAAAAGGCACGCACGUGGUUCUGGGGGCGCAAGCGUGCUGGCAGAUGGGCUUUUGACACUGGAGAUGGCGCGAACGUGACUGCUGUAGCCAUGUCGCCCUGUGGGACAUUUGGUGUCGUCGGUUCUGAAAAAGGCGGCAUUGACAUGUACAACAUGCAAUCCGGCAUCCAUCGACAGCGGUUCCCGGCUCGACUCACCCCAAUGCAAGCGAAGCAGCUGAGGCUAGACGUUGAGCGACAUGGAUUAGUGGAAGAGGAUGACGGAAAGAAGAAGUUCUACCGUGGCCAAGGCAAGCACACCGCUGCCAUUGUAGGCCUUGCCGUCGACAGCCUGAAUAAAACCGUCGUCUCCGCAGGUGCCGACGGCAGGGUCAAGUUCUGGAAUUUCAGCAACGGACUGCUCAGAGACCAACUGGACUGGUCGCACUCGACAGGUGUAACAGCGAUGCGUUUUCAUCGAAGCUCCGACCUCGCGGCAUUCUCUUGCGCGGACGGAUGCAUUCGUGUCGUGGACAUCGUGACGCAGAAACUCAUUCGAGAACUGUGGCCAUCAAGAACGCCAGUCCGGGAACUUCGUGGCCUGAGGAUUUCUGACUUCACCUCCUCAGACGAUGGCCGUUGGGUGGCAGCUUGCGCCGGACAACUUGUUUUCCUCUGGGAUCUUCCGACAGGACAUCUUGUAGACGCAUUCAAGCUGAAGGCAGACUGUACAACGUUGGCCUUCUCACCGACUGGCGAAUUUCUAGCCACUGCCACAACCGACAGCGUUGGCGUCGACAUCUGGACUAACCGCAGCCUGUUCACACAUAUCUCGACAAGGCACCUAGGCCAAAAGGAAUUGCUAUCGAUUGUCCACUCGACCACAUCACAAGCACCUACAGCCUCUGGAGAAGGUGGCCACAACCUCAUCGCAGAGACCGCAGAUGCUGACUCGGAUGACGAACUUGAAGACGGAGCAAUCGAUCUGCCUGAUACUGACGUCGACCAAAUCAGCUCUGAUCUAGUAUCCCUCUCCCUCGUCCCUCGCUCUCGCUGGCAAAACCUCCUGCAUCUGGACCUUAUCCGCCAGCGGAACAAACCCAUCGAACCACCCAAGAAACCCGAAAAAGCCCCCUUCUUCCUCCCCUCCCUCCAAGACCCGCAACAACAACAAAAGACCAUCACAGCAGAAAAUCCCGCCUCAGAACUCGACAACGAACGCACCCGCGUCCAAAAACUCAACCAAGCCCGCACCCACCAAUCCCCCUUCUCCACCCUCCUCGAAACCUCCUCCCAAUCCCACGACUACACCCCGAUCAUAACGCACCUCAAAUCCCUGCCCCCAGCCACCGCAGACAUCGAGAUCCGCUCCCUCGACCUCGAAGACGAAGAACACGAGAGGUUCGUAGACGCGCUGACGUGGUGCUUGAAUGAGAAGAGGGAUUUCGAGCUCGUGCAGGCGUGGAUGGCGGUGUUCUUGCGCGUGCAUGGGGAUGUGGUGGGGAGUGAUGCGGGGACGAGGGAUGCGGUGGAGAAUUUUGGACGGACGUUGGAGGGGGAGAGGAGGCGGGUGGAGAGGUUGAGUGGGUAUGUGGGUGGGUUCGUGGGGUAUCUUAGGGCGGCGAGGGUGUAG